UGUCUCAUCAACUUAGACACACCUUACAUGAAAUUAUUAGAGUUGCACAAUCUCAUUCUAUCCAUGUCAUACCUAAUACUCCUUCUCUUUCUCAAGAUCUUAUAGAACAAAUCUUCCCUAAUUCCUCAUAUCACGAUCAAUUGCAAUCAGAA